AUGGCAGAUGGGAGUGGGGCUACUGAUCGAGAGCAGCUCCUGAAGAGGGUGCAGGACUUGGAGGAGGAGGUGAAGCGACUGCAGGAGAAGCUGUUGGAGGGCAAGGAGGGCACUGCGGCAAAAGACACAGUUUCAGCCUCCAGGAAACCCAGGAAGCAGCAGCAGCGGCCAUUUGAUUUCAGCGCCUACGGCCGCAGGCACGUGGCACUGAAGAUUGCUUACCUUGGCUGGGGGUACCAAGGCUUUGCCAGCCAGGAGAAUACCAGCAACACAAUCGAAGAGAAGUUGUUCGAAGCCUUGAAGAAGACGCGGCUGGUAGAUGACAGACAGACCUCCAACUAUCACCGCUGCGGGCGGACAGACAAAGGAGUCAGUGCCUUUGGGCAGGUGAUUUCCCUAGAUCUCCGCUCAAACCUCUCAGAGGGGAAGAAACUAAAUGGUUGCAAGGAAGACUCAGAAGGGAAAAACAGUAAAUCAGAGGAAGAGCUCCGCUACACCCAUAUUCUGAACAGGGUGCUCCCACCAGAUAUCCGCGUGCUGGCCUGGUCCCCCGUGGAGCCUGACUUCAGCGCCCGGUUCAGCUGCCUCAGGAGGACCUACCGCUACUUCUUUCCCUGCGCGGACCUGGACGUGGCCCUCAUGCACGCCGCCGCCCAGAGGUACGUGGGGACACAUGAUUUCCGUAACCUAUGUAAAAUGGACGUGGCCAACGGUGUGAUCAACUUCCAGAGAACAAUUCUCAGCGCCCAGGUGAUGUGGGUGGACAGGGGAGCUGAAGCUGGGCUGCGGGACCCUUUUCGACUAUGCCAGUUCGAGGUGACGGGACAGGCAUUCCUCUACCACCAAGUGCGCUGCAUGAUGGCCAUCCUCUUCCUGAUCGGACAGAGGAUGGAGAGCCCAGAGAUCAUUGACGAGCUGCUGGAUGUAGAGAAGAACCCCCGAAAACCACAGUACAGCAUGGCCGUGGAGUUUCCCCUGGUCCUGUAUGACUGUGAGUUUGAGAACAUUCAGUGGAUCUAUGACCGGGAGGUACAGGAAUUCAACGUUACCCACCUGCAGCAGCUCUGGGCCAGCCACGCAGUCAAAACUCAAGUGCUGCAUAACAUGUUACAAGGCCUGGAUGCUGCUCCAGUGGCUGCAGGGAAAGGCCCAGGGGAUGUCACUACUAGCGUCCUUUGGGGAGAUCUGAAGCCUCCAGUGCAAAACCAGGCCAGCAGCUUCAUGGAGGGCGUCAAAGCCCGCGCAUACAAGCCCUUACUAGAGCGGCCCAGGUGCGAGGGGCUGGAGUCCCGCAUCCAGCACUGCCUGCGGAGGGGCCGCGGCCAGGCUGCCGAGCGGGCCGCCAAGCGGCUCCGCACCACGGGAGGCCCGGAGCUCGCCUCACCAAGCGGUGACUCCUGAAGGGAUGCUCGCCAUUUUUUUUAUUUUAUUUUUUUAUUUUUCUCUCCUCAUUUCCCCUCGCGAGUUUGAUAAAUUUCCGUCAAUUUGGGUG